UUCAAAUACAAGAUAUUGUAUUGGCACUGUGCGAUAUCUCGUCCUCAAAGCGAGAUAGCAGCGAAGAGUAUUUGUAAAACAGACAGAGGUAAAAGAUUCUAUAGCGACACAAAUCCACUCUGGUUACUGGUGGAAGGCUAAGUCUAAGGUAUGUGAUAGAUUUUGAAUUGGUUACAAGUGAUAGCGUGAUUAUUAAUACUAAUGUACCUUAAGUCAAAGUAUACUUUUGAGCAGAAAUCGACAGAGGUUCGUAUUAGGAUGUUUUGAGUAACUGUACACAAUCGAUGUUUCCUUUAAUAUGAUCUAUAUAGAUUUGCUUUUCACUCGAUCUUUAAGCCAUUUCAAUCCCGUCUGUUUAUAACACGUUUACUGUGGGUUGGCACUUGCAAUUGUUUAAAUAAAUGAUUAACAUGACGCGUAUUUUGUACCGAGAUAAAUUGUAUGAAAGCGAGCUGUUCUGCUUGUAAUAUUGGUACCAAAGCGCGCUCAAUGUUAAGGGAAUGUAACAGGUUUGUAAGGCAGUUGUAAAAUUGUGCUUUUUGAUGUUUUUGUUCCGUGUCUGAAUAUGUGUGUGCGAUUCCCUGCCAAGUCUCUUUUAUGUAAAGAUAAUAAACCCUAAUGUCUUGUAAUUAAAGAGCUUUAACGUGGAAUUUAUGUUAUGUCUUAGACUCUCGCAAAUCUAAACGAUUUACUGUACACAAGGUUAAUACAAUAUAGUGUCAGGCAUAAACCCGAAUUCGUGUCCGCUUUCAUGUAAAAACACUACAUUCAAGUGGGCAUGUUUUGUGUCAGAGGAUAUAAAUACGCUUAGCGCCUUAUCUAUUACAGAUCAAAUCACAACACGCUGUGCUAUGCUACUGUUUUGCUAUUGAGGACUAUUCACUAAGCUAUCUAGCGAUAUAAAUAAUUUUAUUAACCAUUAUGAAUAAGGGAUAAGUUCUUUCUAACCUGUCAGGAAAAUUUGCCUUCCUGACUUUUUAAAGCCACUUUGCCAUAUCUGUCUGCGCUUUGUCCUUCGUUUAUUAGACAGGUUUCCGAACAAAAGGAGACUAUGAUUAUAUGUUGUCCCCCUAAAAGUACCCACUCAAAAGCCCAAUUUAUCUAAUUGUAUAAAGCAUUCGAAUGUUUUAGAAUUUCAUCGUACAAUUCCAUCGAAUUUUUUCAGCCCGGAAGAAUUUUAAAGCGCUUAGCUUUUAGCGGUUUUAUUGAAUUUGACCAUGUCACCUCAAAUUAAUUAGUAACAUAUUUGAAGAAAGAAAUUUGCCUUUUAUUUUUCUCUACAAACGCGUUCGUAUAUUUUAAUAGAGACAUUUUGUCUGACAUUUUAUAGAAUAUUCUCUGCUGCACUUAAAUGGCUUCUUUGUAAUAAUUCUAAUUUGCGUUUGGAAUGUAAAUAGUUUGCUAUAUUUAUUCCAAGGAAUUCUGCGGUUAAAUGUCAGGGUCAGUUCUACCGCGGGGUUUUAUAUGAAUCUAAACUUGUUAUAAUCUAAUAUUUGUGUGUACAGUGCAAUAAAAUAUACGUCGAACAAGCAAUACGUAUGUUACGUUAAUGAAUUUAUUUCGAAAUUAAACCGUGAAAUUCAAUGCGGUGACACUUGUGAAAUGUCGGAAAUCGCAUCCGUUAUUUCUUUAUAUAUAUAUAUAUAACAAAGUAAAGAAACAGAAGCAUUAUUUUGUAUCAAUGAAUAGUUCGGCAAAGCUAUCUUCUUUGAUGUGAAGAAUAUAUAAAAAGAAUACUUGUACAGAAAGUGAAAAUGCUAUAGAGUACAAUAUAUUAAAUAUAUCAAAUACAGCCGAUAUUUUAUAAAGAAAUCUAAAAAAAAAAUACUCGGAACAAAAAGUUCCUGUGUUCUCAAGAGUUCAGUUAAUAUCAACAAGACAACAACAUACACGGACACGGUGAUAGUAUUGCGUUUCAAAAUAAUUUUGUAAUUAUUCUUUGUAAUUAUUAUAGUAUAUUUGAUGAUAAUGAUUUUGAAUAAAAUCCGGAAAUAUCAUGAUGUUUAUUACUCAUGCACAAUCUUGAGUGCACAGGAUGCUUCUAUGUUUUAUAAAAAGUCUAUAUAACUUCGAUAUAGAAUAUAUAUAUAUAUAUAUAUAUAUAUAUAUAUAUAUAUAUAUAUAUAUAUAUAUAUAUAUAUAUAUAUAUAUAUAUAUAUAUAUAUAUAUAUAUAUAUAAAACAUAGAAGUUUCAUCAAUGUGUUCAUUCCCACGGUCACGAUCCAACUUAGUUAUGCUUAGUUUAUAUGUGUAGUUCAUAUUUAGUUUGGAGUUUUGGUUUAUUUUUGUUUUGCGUUUAAAGUGACAUAAAACGGGCGUUUUUGUUUAAGAUUUGCGGCGGCCGCAUUUGGCAGAAAGUUUGUCACAAAAUAACCGCAAAAUGUACGUCUAUGAUUGUAUUGUUGACACAAUUGUAUGUCAUCAUACGUAUCGGUUUAUGAAUUGCUAAAUAGGCGCGUUGGGAGGGGCUGUUCCUUAUCACAUUGAUCGGCUACUGUUGUAAUUUAGAGCGCAUUUUAGUGUUGAGUUUCCAGACGAAUUUUUGUUAUUGUGCAACAGAUGCUGGUCAACCCACAGUUUCAGAGUGAGAAAAUGGUGUUAAUUCUUUUCAUUAUAUGUAUAUGUAGACCAUGCAGUAUAUACAUCUGCUUUCCUGUACGUUUACUGAAAACCACGUUACCCUUCAAUUUAGGCAAUAUUUCCUUAAAUCUUAACCGUUCACUUGGAUUUUUCCUAGAAAGAAUGUGCUGAACUAGAAUUUUAAAUUAAGAUUGCACAUCAUAUCGAAUCUCGAAUCAAAUUAUAGAUUAAAAUGAAGUAUUUAGGUAGUAUAAAUUAAUAAAUAGUAUCAAGACUCGUCCACAUGAGCAAAUUGUCUGUCGCAAUUUUCCCGACAAAUUUACUGUAUUUCUCGUUUGGAUGAGACGGGUUUUUGCGCCACAGCCCACAAGUAGCUUUGAAUAGUGGUAACUCGGCAACUAACACAAAAACAAAGCCAAAAACAAAGCGAGGGCGCUAAGUCUUACAUUGCAGGUUUUCUGUGACGAGCUGGUCAUUCGCAAAUGACAAAUUGCCAAAAACUGCCAAUGACAUUUGCCACAUGAAAUCUGGGCAAAUUCUCUCAUGUACUCGUCAAGCAAAUACUGUAAAAAUUGUCACAGAAAUUGAAUGCUCGUGUGGGCGGGUUUAAUUGUUAUUGGGCUCGACAAUAAUCGAACUUUUUAACAAAAACGACGCCCUCUGUAAUCGCGAUGCAUCACGGUCUUGCAAGUAUGGCACUGAGGUAUGGUUCUAUUCCGAUGUUCUAUUCUGAGUAUUUUCUCAAUCGUGUGCUUUGCGAUGGAUUACACAUAAGCCGAACUUAAUAAAAGUAAUCGAAUGUUGAUAAGAAAUAAUUAAAUUGAGUCUUUGUACUAUGAUAAUAAACAUUUCGAUUCUGUAAUCAGAGUGGCCUCGUCGAACUUUGCAAAACCCAGUUCCGUGAAUUGAUAUCCUUUGACUUCGACAGUGUAGAACUAGCCUUUGACAUUUGUCACACACUUUGUGUCUUUGGUCAAGUAUAAAUAUUUGGAUUAAAUUUUACUUCGAUAGUGUAAAAAGCCAGAUAGAUACACCAUUGAUACACUUUGGCACUCCCAUGGGCUGGAUGGCAUGAACCAAAGCACCAAGUCUAAGACGACUCUAAGUCUAAAUGAAACCUGUUCAAAUAUUUCCUAAACCCUUGCCAAGCCUUCAAUAUCAAUAUAAUGCGCGAUAACAUUGAUGGAUGUGUACUCGAGAUGAUUAUGUAUAUAAUUAUAUUGGCCGAUCUUCCUUCUAUUAUAUAAACACAGUACACAUACAGGGAAACUUUUCAUCUUUGAACUGUAGUCCUUAUCUAGACCGCUACACGUGUUGGUUUGCCCAAAAACGUGGCUCAGUUUAUCUAGAAGGUUAUAGGGUUAUAUUUCACGACCCCGAAUCUUGCAAAUAACUGUCUCUUUUAAAAAACAGACACGCAAUUGACAGCCACUUACGAACACACAAUCCAUGAACAAAGAAAACACCGUGUGUUUAGCAAUUCUAGCCACGCGCUGUGAUUGGCGGAGACCGUUUAAAGUGUUAUUCAACACCUGUAUGGCGCUGUUUUGAGCCAAUCAGAAUCGGUCAUGCUUGUUGAAAUUUGCAGCCAGCUGUCUUGCACAUUAGCACUCAUAAUCCGCCGUUGAACGCUCGGAGAAAAGAAAAACACACAUUGGAUUUGCUGUGAAAUUUGCUAUGUAUUAAAGGUCUGUAUUUUAAGCUUAUGUAUUCGUAUGAAUAUAUAUUCAUCAUACGAAAGCAAUUCAUAAACCGUAUCUCGCUAAACCUGUAUAUUUAGAGCUCAUAUAAAUGCAAUCAACCAUUUAUAAUGAUCGGUAGUAAAUGUUUUGGCGAAAUAUACAUGCGGUAAUGUUUAAAAUCCCAGCGCUGCAUUGAACGGUUUCCUCGCGUCCUAUUGGUUAAUGAUUUUUAGGAAUUUUAUUUCGAACGACAAGCAGCCGGGAUCUUGCAUUUGCAAGGCUUCCUACGAACUUUUUCAUUGCAAUAUAUCCGAAUUUUGGCCGCUUAUAUCUGCUCAAUUAUGCAAGUAAUCGGCGGAAACAAAUAGUAUUUUCAAAACACAGUUAUGGUUUAUGUAAGGGACGGAUUUUCAGUGGUCAUUUAAGGUAACGUAGUGCGAAUUUGUGCGAUUUCGUGAUGUCUAGUGGUGACGUGAAAUCGACAAGGUUGUGAAUUUCAUUCUUUAUUUACACGAAUUUCACGUCUACUAAACUUCGUGUGCUUUACUUAAUCUGUUGAAUUUUUUAAUUUUCUAAACAGCAUUAUUACCGGUGCAACCACAUUGUAUUUUAAACACACGGGGAAUUUUCGUGGGAAGCGACUACACGCCACAACGCUGCAGCAUGCAAUUUUAAGUUUUUAACUGUUUCUCUGUGUACAUUCACAGCGUAUUAGGGAAUUUGAAAGCAUAACAAAGCCGUAUGGCAAUGGGCGGUCUAUUUUUAUUUCCAGCUUUGAGUGUGCACUCCUUUCAAUCGAAACAAUAGCUUAGAAACGUGUGUUAUGACUCCAACGACAAAUACUGGAAAAACUAUACGGUUCAAACUUUCGUGUAUUGUAUAAUAUACUGUAUUCCUAGCACGCCAACAAAGUAUCGGGUAUCAAAUGCCAAAGGGCUUUUAUAUAAGGAAGUUUACAUUCAAUUGUAUAAAAUAUUCCACUUUUGAGAGCUUAAGUCCGCAAUGCUGUUCACCGAAGCGGGUCAAGAUAUCGUUACAAAUCUGCGGUGAAAAGUUCGGUCUUUUAAAAUCUGGGGAAAGUGAUUGGAUUUGAACGAUGUGUUUGAGAAAAGGUUAAUGCGUUUAGGUAGGGGUAUUUCUGGCAGUCUUUUGAAAAAUUCGUAUUGUUAGUGUUAAUUGUCGUAUAUAAAUUACACAUGACUCGUGAAUUAUAUCGUGUCGUGCUGAGAAGCGAUUUCAAAGAGCUUUUUAUCUGCUCUUGUGUGUUAAAAGGGCAUUUCGGCUAGGGUCUAUUUUACACUAGGAGUUUGAUUUCUCGACUUUCCGUAAGAUAAUAUCGCGUUUUCGCUAAACUGAGGUUGAGUUUAAUGUAAUUUUAGAGGGUAAAGGUUUGUGGCUCGCGGAAAGACGUGUGAUAAGGCGAUAAAGCGAGAAAUUUGACGCGUGUAUGGGAUUGGAAAAUGGUCGUGAAAAAGCCGAGCGGAGAUGGCAAAGCGAAGAAUGGAGGAAGUAAGUCGACUCGUGGGAAGGCAAAUGAGGCGAACUUGGUUGACAAAAAUGGCAAUAUGCUUACCGGUGUUCCCGCAGAAACGAAGGGGAAACGCGACGAAAAAUGUCAAGUCAAACGACAGGGGAUGAAAACUAUAAACAGCACGGACAGCAAAGGGUCGAACACUCAGGAAAUUAUUACAACUUACGAAGCAGAUGACGGUACAGUUUAUGAAUUAGACGGUAAGGGUUUAACAUCGUAUAAACGUUAGCGAAUACAACGGUUUAAUAUAUUUGGCUUUGAGGGUUUUUUGGUUUUCGACCGUAAAUUGUUUGUCUUAUUAUUGUAAUUACUUAUAAUUAAUCCCUCGCACCGACAGACUCAGGGUUUCGCCUUUCAAAACCUUAGGAAAUGUUGAAAUUUGUAUGUUGCUUUGCUUGCUAUUUAGGUAUUGUAUAUUCGAGGCUUAUAGUGUUUUCGUUGUAUUAUUUUCGCCACAAUGGUUAAACAAUUCCUAACAAUAGGGAGAAAAUUACUAUGUUAAAUGAUAAGCGAGCAUGCUGUUUAAUUCAAAAGCAAUAUAAGCUUUUUGUCUGGCCUCGCAUUCUUUACUGACAAGCACUUGUCAAUAUUUUCGCAUGCCCUUUCGUGUUGCAGUAAGGCAAACGCCGAUUUUUGCACUUUUAAAUGUAAUAUAAAGCACUUUUUAGAGUCUAGAAUGCGGUAUAUUUUUAUAUGCAAAACAGCUUAAAAAGUUAAACAAUCGAGUAAUACUUUAUUAAUAUUGUAAUUUUUAAUCUUUUGAAGGACACAAAAUGUUGUCGCAUUUUAAUUUCCUAUAAAAAUGUUUUUCAAAUGUCAACAAUUUUUGCUGCAAUAUAGGCAUUAUUCGGGCUUGAAUUUUCCGUUUUGAAAGCAUUUAGUGUUUAAAACUAUCCUUAAUAGAUCAUAUAAAUGAUAAUGAUAGUUUUGCGGUAUGAAAAAGGGCAUUGUUUUUCCACUUUUGUCAUUGCAAGUUUCUAUUCUGCGCUGAAAAACUGUUUCUAUUAAAAAUGGGGGAGAAACAGUGACAAAAGUAAAAAAAUAGUGUAAUAAAUUGCUUUUUAUGUAAUUAAAUUGUUUCUGCCUGUAACGGUUUCAUUUGGUUAUAUUUCUUUCACUUUCUGAGACUAACUGAGUGAAACUUAAAUAAUAUAAAAGAAGAUAUUGAUUUCAGCUAUGCACUUUAACAUGCAGUAAAUGAUGAUGGCAAACGCUAUAUACUGAAACCUUCUAAGUCUUCUAACAAUAUACAGGAAAAGUGAACUAAAACCGAAGGUAAUUUUCAAGUGUUUUUCAUUAUAAUCGUGUUGUCUCUUUGUUUAGAUUGUGUCUAUAUUGAUAGCCAGAGACCAGAUGUCCCUUUCUUCAUUUGCGCUAUCAAGGAACUCAAAAUGGUAGGUUUUCCUCGCUUUUUUGCAAUCGAAACCGGAUUACAUUAUUAUACUGUAUAUAUACCUACUUGGGCCUUGGCUACUAUAUCCAUAUCCGUUCCUACACAUUAUGACUUGUAAUUUACAUUCGCUUGAUGAAAUAGUUCCAUUUUUGUCGAACAUUCUUUUCUAAUGAUUUCCUUUAACAAAAUGUUCCCAAGAAUAUUUUUGUAAAAAGGAACGAUUGUUUUAUAUACAUUUCUUUUAUUUUUAAAUGGCUUUCUAUUCUAAAGAAGAUAUUAAAGACUAAAGUAGCAAAUUGUUUGCUAGAAUAUUUUUGAUGAAGAAAGCGUUUGUACAUCAUAUCACAUGCAUUGAACAAAUGUUUUUAAAAAGCCAUCCGUUCUAAAGUAACAAAAGUGUUCUCUAAAAUUGUAUUUGUAAAAAAGACAAUUCUGGAUAAUUUUUGCGUGUUCAAUUGCUUUGUAUCGACUGUUUAUUCCUUCCCGAGUUUCGAUGAAAUUUUAGUGGCACAAAUUGUCUUUCUACUUUCUAAAGAAUAAAAAUAAAGUAGCAAGAGUAUUCAGUAGAAUAUUUUGGAAUGAGGGGGUAUUUUUAAUCAGUAAAUGCUUUGCAUGGAUUGAUCACAGCGUGAUAUCUAUACUAAGCUACACAUAUCAAAUUGGUGUUAAGAUAUCAAUCAGAGAUGGGUGAUCUAUUGACCUUUAGUGGUAUCUUUGCGAUCGUGAACAAACACUUGUUGUGCCUUUAAUAUUCUUCAAAUGCUAACCAUUAAUAAAGAACUAUUCAAAAUACAGGUUAUGCAGCACAGUACGUUAUUGAAUUCGAAGGAUAUGUGUUUUUGUAAGUUAUGAUUUUAGCCAGAUCUUUUCUCGCUCUUUCUAGUCUAUGCCUAUGGUAAUCAUCAUUCGUCAAAUAACAAAUUGUUCUCAAUUUUGUAACAGUCUACAGAAAUCUUGAUAUAUCUUUCAAGAUUUAAGUACGUCUAUUAAAUAAAGCCUUCAAUUGCCAUUUUAAAGAGCAACUUUUGCUUGAUAAGUUUUUUCUAUAGAAUGUAUUCUAGGUUUACAUGGCGAUUGUAAUUGAAAACAGAAAAACCAGUCUACAGUACAAUGUCUCUGGAAACACAAUGUCAAUGUUUAGCAUUUAUUUAGCAUUCAAUCAACAACUUUACCUGUGCCAAUGAACGAUACAAUUAUUUAUAAUACGAUAAAUUAAAUAACACAAUAUGUUAUUAUUAUAAAAAACACUAAUCACUAUUUUUUACUUUGUGUUUCCUGUUGUUGACCAUUUUCCUUCUAUAAUUUUUAUUUUUUGAAAGUUGAAACUUGCUCUCAUAACCAUAGGAAUCCCAAUAAAUAUAGUUGUAACAAAUAAAAAGCGUUAAAUUUGUCUAAUUUUGAAUAAAUUUGCAUUGUAUAUUACCGUGCUUUGACUGUUUUCAAUUUUGAGCUGUGAAUUCAGUGACGUAAGUAAAUCGCGCAUACGAAGCAUGUAAAGUUAUAGUUAUUGAGUAUAUUCUGUUAAUAACUAUAACUCAAUAACUAUAACUUAUGCUUCGUAUACGCGAUUUACUUACGUCACUGAAUUCACAGCGCAACUGCGCAAGAUUGAAAACAGUCAAAGCACGGUAAUACAAUGCAAAUUUAUUCAAAAUUAGACAAAUUUAACGCUUUUUAUUUGUUACAACUAUAUUUAUUGGGAUUCCUAUGUCAUAACAAGAAAAAAAGCAUACGACUUUUUUAUAAUCUUACUAUUAAAUACGAGACAUAAUACACUCGAAAUGAACCUUUUUGUGCUCUCAAAAAGACAUGCCGCAUUCAUACCGCAUACGCCAUAUCGGCAUAUGUCAUGUCAUGACAUUUGUCAUCAUCGAGGGGCAUUUCACUCCAAAAAAGCGUACGAGAUUUUCGGAUUUUUAACAAUCCGCGGAUUUUUUAGCGGAUUUUUCCCGGAUUUUUUAGCGGAUUUUUGAAGAGAAAAUCAGUUGGAUUUUCCGGAUUUGUUUGGAUUUUCCGGAUUUGUUCGGAUUUGUUCCGGAUUUUUUUACGAAGCGUACGGGAUUUUCGGAUUUUUAAAAUCCGCGGAUUUUUUAGCGGAUUUAGCGGAUUUUUCCCGGAUUUUUGAAGAGAAAAUCUGUUGGAUUUUCCGGAUUUGUUCGGAUUUUUUCCGGAUUUUUUGACGAAGUGUACGGGAUUUUUGGAGUGAAAUGCCCCUCGGUCAUCAUGACUCGCUAAAAUUACAUAACACGCUUACUUAUGUAAUUGUUUUGUAAAUUAAAUAAAGUCCGAUCGUUUCUUGAAUUCGGGCAAAUGGGUUAGUAUUUCUGUAACAAACAAUUUUGUGUUGGAAAUAAAACGCUCAAGAGUAUUUGUAAUAUGGUGUUGAUAACAUCUAAUUCCAUCUAAUCAUGGAUAUUAUAAAUGCCGUGUAGUCAAAUCCCGAAUUAUUAUCUUCAUUAUCUGAUUUUAAUCGCGCAUCCAAUUUUCAACACUAGAAGGUAGUAUGUCGCAAUGUUGCCAUGUCGCGUUCUGACUUCGUAAUUUGGACAUAUUCUAUGUCGUAUGUCGCUAUCUUAGUGUUUGUAUGUCGCCAUUUUAACACAAUGUCGCCUGUCGCAUUUACCUGAACAGGUAUUUGAUUUGUCAUGUUAUGGAUUACUUGACGCGCGUUUCCGUCUCCAAAAUAACGGAAAUAUUUAUGUUUUAAACAUCACUCGACACUGAAAAACGGGAAACCACUGCUUCGUGCAUACACAGACAGUGUAGUGAAAACGGCGCCUUAUUACUUGAAGGGACGAGUUACUACAGUGUGUGUAUAUAUAUAUAUAUAUAUAUAUAUAUAUAUAUAUAUAUAUAUAUAUAUAUAUAUAUAUAUAUAUAGGUUGAAAAUUAUUUGGGUUUAAUAAACUUGUACGUUAACACACAAUUCGCCCCAAUAGAAAAGAGUGUUGCUCGGAUCCUGAUUCCUGAAUUUGCAUUUUUCAAAUGUUUCUCAAAAGUGCAUAAAAGCAAUGGAAAUUUGACCGUACUUUACGCCAUUAAUAUGUAAGCAACAACAAAGUGCACUUGACUGCAUUUAUGUUACAUGUCUCAAAUGACAAGAUAAGCUAUAUAAGGAAGUAUGAUAUAAUGAUUUCUCAAGAUUCUCCCAUAACGCUCGUGUGAAAAGUUGAAAAUGUUCCUCAAUCUUCUUUGCUAAAGCAUGUUCCUCGGGAUUCAGGAUCGCAAUAUUUUCUAAGUCUGAGCGAUUAUACUAUAGUCUAUAUAUUCAAUUUGGUUACUCUGUCUAAUGCCGACAUGCAGUAAUAUUUGGAGCGCGCCAUUUUGAUAAGAAACAAACCAAACAAGCAAAUUAAGACCACAGAAUCAAACAGCAGAUUAAUACUGUUGCGCAGUAUGAUAUUUGUAAACCAAUCACAUCUCUCGAACAUUAAUCAAAAGCCAAUGACGUAUGUUGUUUUAUAUUAUUUGCUCUAUUGGUCAUUGAUGCAUCGUGAAUUACCUCAAAUGACGUUUAUAUUUCUCAAUUGACGUCUCAAAUAAUGGAAACGUCCACGAAUGUCGUUGUGGGGUUUUUUACUUCUAUUUAUAGUUUAAUUAAACAAAUAAAUUCCGUUUCCUGUUAUUUUUACACGUUUUCAUGUUUUUAUGAGCUCUCCCCCAUCCAAACGAAAGACAGACUCGGUCCCUCACCCCUUAUCACACUCAUUUGUGCGGCGCAACAAAUCAAGAGGCUACCAAUAUCGACCACUGGCGACUCUCAAGGUUUAAUACUGUCCAGUACUCAGUAGCUGUCGUAUAAAGCCGUAAUACCAACUCUUUUUGCAAUAGUAAAGUUAAUGCUAAAAAAUGUUCGUUUUCUAUGAUUUUGAUAACCCUUCUCAAAAAACAUGAAAAAUACAACACCAUGCGGAAAAUAUUAAUUAAACUUCUGCAAUCAAAUCAUGACAUUUCAAAAAAUAAUCACAAGUAUUUUGUUUACCGGAUUCGAACUGGGUCCAAUAAUUAUCGUAAUAUAUCAGUUAAUUAAAUUAUUCUCCAAUUGAUUGAUAGAUUGAUUGAUUUAAUUCAUUAAUUAAUUUAGUAAGGUUCGGGUUUUGUCCCAAAGGGGGUGUUGAGCAGAUUAAUCAAUGACAGUGUUCUAAGCUGUAGGAUUGUGUUUGUUUAGUGCAAGCGAGAGUGUGUUUAUGUUGGUGUGAAAUGGUUCUAUCGACCUUCAGAAGUCCCGGAAUCUGUUUAUCAACUUCUCGUGCAAGAUCGAAAUACUGAGAAUGGUAAGUAACUCUGUAAUUAUGGGCAAGCAAUGUUUCCUAUUGUUUUAUGUCCGAAACAUCCGCCAGUGUAGAGUUAAUUAUUUUUAAGCAAAUUGCUCAUUUACCAACCAUGCCUUUGGCAUCCAUUUAUAUUCAAAUAUAAUUGAAAUUCUGUUGAAAGUGUAAUAGCUCAGACAGCUAUUUUAAAAAGAGCCAUAAACAUUUUAGUUUUAUAUGAAAUUUACUUAGGCCUACGUUUCGUUGCUUCUCACAACAUCUUUGGAGCAAUGUGAAGUUAUACUUUGUACAACGCAUAAUUGCACAUUGAAUAUCGACUAUUGUACGCUUUCAUAUUGAUAUGAUUGCUAUUACUAAAUUGUUAUAUUAAUGUCUCUAUUUAAAAUAGUUGUCUGGGUUAUACUAUUAGAGAGGUUCAGAUCUGAUUAACUAAUCAGACGCAUCUGAUUGGUUAAUCAGAUAUAUCAAACGCAUCUGAUUGGUUAAUCAGAUAUAUCAAACGCAUCUGAUUGGUUAAUCAGAUAUACCAAACGCAUCUGAUUGGUUAAUUGUCCCUUAAUGGUAGCGGAAGUCAAAUCUGAUUUUCUCUAUUUUAAACACAAACACAAACGUUGUGCUUUCGUAAAGGAAGUUUUAUUUCUGUAACAAUGUUUUCGAGGUUGGAAAAAAAUCUGAAAUGUUUUCUCCCCAAUUAGUCGCGAACAGCCUUUUCAUUUGUUUCAUUAUCGUAGAGUUUCUGCAUGCGACUACCGCCAACUGUCGGAACUAAACAAUUUUCAUUCCUCACGACUUUUCGCGACAGUCGUCGCGGAUGAAUUACGAUGGGCGGUUUUCAUUUGUCAUAUAAAAGCCGCCAGCGAUGCUCACCGACUGUCGCAGAAUCGACAUCGGCGAAUGUUACCGACUAUUAUGUUACUCGUAAUGUGUUUGUUGAUGAUAUUUGAUAUUGGAUAUACUGUUAUAAAGGAGGAAAAGAGUGUUGUGUUCUUUGUUCUUAAAUUCUUAACCCAAUAUCGUCUUUCGCCUUGUCUUUAAAAGUUUAAAUAUUCAUAAUUAAGUCACGCAAUGCAUGACUGUUGCCAUUUACUUGGGAUAGUAAAAGAUUUACUUCAUCUUUAAUAAUGAAUAGUGGUGAAAUAAAGUAAAAGACAGGCUUAAAUUUAUACAGUAUAGCUCGAGGUAUAGCUCUAUCAUUUCUAAACUGAGGUCCAAUAUGGAUAAUUGCAGUUCCCAAACGAAGUUAGUCAUCGCUUUAUAUUCGCUGCGAGAGUUUGUUGUUAGUCUCUUAUAGUUUGUCACUUUGUCUGGUCAUAGUAUCAUAAGCCUUUGUAUUUAUUCAGAAAUAGUGUAUUUUCGCGCUUUACUUGUUUUGUGCGUGCUCAGAGGAGUCUAGGGCAUCACACUGUAGUACCACAGAAUAGAAAGGUACAGCAGAAGUGUAACUUGAGUCGGUUCCUUUAUUGUUUUACGUCCACGAAAAUUUUAACUCGCUCACGCAAUCUCACGCCAUCCUGGCUAGUACAACCGGAAGUUUUUAUCAGGUUUUGUAGGUACAAAGUGCCGGUUGUACUGGCCAGGAUGGCGUGAUUGAUGACGAAUUGCUUGUAAAAACGCGGACAAAUACUUGCUUGAGUUACACUUCUGCUAUACCUUCCUAUUCUGUGGUAGUACUUUGUUUGGUUUCUUAUUGCAUCAGUGUUUAUACUACAGCAGGAAGCCAGAGCACCCCGAGAGACGACAUGUGGUGUUAGGAAGAGUCGAACGGCAUAGUACAAAACAUGGACUGGACCCAAAAUUGGACUCAAAAUUUUAGGCAAAAUUUUUUAUUUAAUUUGUAUAGGCAAAAAACUUCAGGUUCCAUCACUUUUCCUUGAUCUAUCUAGCUAUUUGUCUUCCAAAAUUCUAUAUUCUAUUUUAUGAUAAUAAAAUAGAAUAAUGCAUAAUGAUAAGCCCACAUAUAGCUAGUUGCGAUAAAUAUUAGAAUAUAUGGACAAAACAAACUUUGCGAACUCGUUACUCGUUAGAGGAUAUAUAUGCCGGGAUAUAUAGAGGGUGUAUUAUACAGACACAAAAUGUAUAUAAUUAAAAUAACUAUAUAUUGAUGUAUAUAUUGAUGGAAUGAUUUAUAUCGAUGUGAUGUAUUUGUGACCAUUGCGCAAAGAUAUUUCACAAAGGUUUAUUAUUUACGAGAUACCCUAGAUAACGUUUAGAAAAUAGAAUAUAGAAUUUUGGAAGACAAAUAGCUAGAUAGGUCAAGAAAAAGUGAUGGAACGUGAAGUUUUUUGCCUAUACAAAUUAAAUCAAUUAAGUACGAUAUUCUGAGGGUUGUUUCUCUCCGAAAAAAUAAUGGAUUUUUGGGCAAAAUUUUGGCUAAAAUUUUGAGUCCAAUUUUGGGUCCAAUUUUGAGUCCAAUUUUAGGUCCAGUCCAUGGGUCCAGUCCAUGUUUUGUACUAUGCCGAGUCGAACUGCAAAUACUCUUCUCACGUUGACUGAGGUAAAAUAACAAUCAGUCGACUGAAUAUUGCAGGAAUCCCGGUUGCAGAGCCAAAGGCGAAAGCCACAUGCACUAACCAAUGUGUGAUAAAUAAAGAGUUCAUUUACUUUAAAUAAAACUACCUGUUACAACAAGAAGUAUACAACACAAUAGUACAUAAUUAUAAGUACGGCGAUGUUCACACCCUAAGAGGAUCAUGGUGGUAUACAUUAAAUUGAUCAAUUUUCAGAUCACAAGUUUGACCUAUCCAUGACCUGCAGCCUUUGAUAGCCUCUUAACACGUGUGUGUGGUUUGCCACCCUGACAGAUCGUGUCAACAGCUUAAAUUGUGAUACAAGAUGGUUGCAUGUUCAUGUACAUCACGCGUCGUUUAUCUAUUUCAUCAACACGCCAGCAUGUGUUUGACCUUGUUAACAUUACUGCAAUAUUUUCCUCAUGGAACUGAAUCAAGUCAUCCAGAUAUUAAUUUUAGCACUUAUGCAUGCGCAUUUUACCUCUAUAGUUUCCUUCGUUUCCUGCAAUAUGCAACGCCAGUGAAUUUUACGUCAGUUUCCAUGCGAGAAGUCAGAAGGGUAUUUUCCAUGCAACUGUGUGCCUGACCUUGUCAACAUUGCUGUAAUAUUUGUUCAUGGAAUUUGAUCGAGCCAUUAUUUUUAGUGCCAACCCCAGCUGUGACAAAUUAUUUAUUUUAACUUCGAAAUUGAGAACUACAGUAUUUCCUCUAUUUUAUAGCCCACCUGCUAAUUGGGCCUCAGUCCAAAACCACUGAAAAAAAUUAGCCCCCAACCCAGGAUUAUACUUAGAAAAUUUUACAGCUCCAAUAAAUUAGGAAAUCCGAAAGUAUGGAAUAGACUAUAUCUACGUUGAAUUGGUUUGAACUCCCUAAAAUAGUGGCUGAUCCCACAUUAUUUCGCCCAGUUACGGGAAGACAAGUUACCAGUUAGGCCAUGUGCUGGCUUCCAGAACAAUGCAGCAGUAUGCAUCCAGUUGUCUGUUUAUAAUUUUACCUUAGUCGCAUGUGACAAGAAUGUCCGCAGACCGCAGUCACUCUGCACCGCAGCUUUCGUAUCAAGUUCAUGUAACUGAAUAACUGAUGACUAAACUGAAAUCUAUUUUCGGACUUGAAAUAAAAUCCGAUACCCCACCUUCGAAGUAGGAGUAAUAGUCUUCUGUUUCUUAGGCUCACGUGACCAUAUCCUGGAGGAUCCUUCCGUGAAAGAGCGCGAACUGUUCGUGUCAGAUGCUGUAGAUACGUAUUCAGUCAAUGCACUCAGGUUGGUUAUUGGCUAACUAAUAAUGAUAACUGGACUUUGUAUAAAUGUAAUAAUCAGUUGGAAUUUGGUCAGGCAUCUGACGGAAAUUUAAAAAGGCGAUUUGCCGUAAAAUUAUUUUAGUAUGAGAAAUCAAAGUUUUCAAAUGUUUUGUUUUAUUUGCAGAGGAAAAUGUCGAGUGAAAUGUCUAUCGGAUGUUUCCAGUUUGAAAGAGUUUAUUUCUCAGAAUGAUCACUUCUUUUUCGUUCUUCGGUACAAUCCUGAAACGAGGUAAGUCGAAGAUUGUGAAACAGAUACAGGUGUCUCAUCAUUGAUAGUUAAUUGUAAUAAAAAAAUAUAAUAUAAAUAUAAUAUCAAGAAAUAGAAUAUGAAAAUAAACCAGUGUUUUUAUGUAUUUUUAAAGACGUCUUGCCAACCACAAGGGUGAGAUCAGAGUUGGUCCUAGUCAUCAGGUAUCUUUGAAUUUUAUAUAGAUUCAUAUUUUUUUGUAUUCCCACCAUGCCUUGAGAUCUCGUGUAAUCGAGCUUAGUCAUUGCCGGCGGAGUCAUUAACUCCAGGCUUAGAUAACUGAGUCCACAUAAUUUUUGCAUUGGUUAGCCAGUAACUCCAUACUGAGAAAGCUAGUUCUACAUGAUUUGCAGUUGCUUGCCAGUAACAACGGGUUUAGAAAGCUAGCUGUACAUGAUUUUUGGAGUUGUUUGUAUUUAGUAACUUUGAGUUUAGAAAGGUUAGCUCUAUUGUCUUCAGAUGAUUUUUGUAGUUGACCUGUGACUAAUUCAUUUGAGACGCUUCAUUGAACUAAGUUUUGAAUUUGGUAUUAGCCCAUUGUAGUAUGGAGAUAGCAUCGCUCCAUGCUCCUAAUGUCUGCAGCCAUGAACUUUUUACUUCUCUUUUCUUCAUUCCUCGUUCAUCCCUUCUUUUCUACAAGUGUAGUUACUUGCCUUUCCCUGCCCUUUUUCUUUCGUUUGUCAAUCAUUUUGUUUAUUUUCCUUCUCUUUAAACAACUUACAUUCAUAUUUGCAGGUGCUACUGCCCGAAUGCAAACCUAAAUCUUUAGCUGCCGAUGAGCUUGCUCAAGAGCCUUCGAUGGAGGAUUUGGUAAGAACAAAUGCAAUACAGUAUUAUAAUAAAAUAUAGUAAUACAAUAUGAUAUAGUCGUGUGAGACGUGUACCAAAAACAGGGUGCGAUAUUUCAAGAUUUUUAGUCGUCCCUUACGGGUACUCCAAUGAUUAUUCUGCGUAAUAUUUGCGUACCUCCAGUAGAUAUGUACGCGAAUUAUCGCACGCUGAACAAUUACAAUACAUUGUAUUUUCUUCUCGUUCUCAGACGUGGAAACCCACACUCGACGACUGCGACUUGAAGAUGUUUAUUAGGGCAGCCAGGUAAAAAUGAGAAGAAAUAAAAAAUCUUGUGCUCUCUAUACAGUAUUAUUGUUUUAGAUAAGGUAUUAAAGGUAGCCUGUUUUUCUGAUCGUUGUAGAAGUAUGGCUCAGUAUGCUGGGAUUUGUAAGGAAGGAGAUACUAAUAAAGGUCUGAUUGCUGCUGCUCGGGAUGCAACAACUAUUAAUGCUCUCCAAGUUGUAAGUGUUCGAUAGCUUGCUUCCAUCGUUAUACCAUCACCAUUUUAAUUAGGAAACGCCGAAAUCCCGACCCUAAACUUUUUUAUUGGAUCGUGCUUGUAAGUGUUUCCACUUAGAGGAAAAUGUUUGUGAAAAAUGGAAAUUUGAGGCAAUAUUAGGGAAAUUUAUCUUUGAAUGUGGAAGCACUGCUAAACAAAAUGGCGUUCGGUUUUAGGAAAAUAGGAAACCCACAUAUAUAGAUAGGAAACCCACAUAUUUUUUUUUUUUUGGGGGGGGGGCCUUAGCAGAACUACCACUACUCUAACUCCUUCAGCAUCAUCAUGAGUACCAUUAUGGCGACUAUCAUUAUCAACGCCACCAUCAUCACGUGUCACCAUUAUCAUUAUUCGGAAUGAUUCGCGUCACCCUUGAAAAGAAGAAUUGCCCAUUUUAUCAGUAAAUGUAUCUAAAUAAAGUUCGUCACAUCUAAUCACCUUCAUUAACACAAAAUCUGAAUCUUCUAGCUUCACAAAAGCAAAUACGACACCGACCGUGCAUUGCAGUCUCUGGUCAAACGUCCUUUUCCAAAAACCUCGAGAAUGAACUGGACCGAAGACGACAAUGUAUGUUGUACCUUUUCAUUAAAAUCUGCGUACGAAUACCGGAACAUUUUUUCCCAUUUGCAAAUCUUAUGUGAGGUGUUUAUUUUGGAUUUAUGUAGAAAAAGUUUGUGAAAGGCUUGCGACAAUUUGGGAAGAAUUUCUAUAAGAUCAGAAAAGAAUUAUUGCCAGAGAAAGAAACGGUAAACAUAUACCGAGUUGUUUUAUAUAUUUAUAAUCAUGAUAAACUAACUUAUUUAUAAAGCACAAAACAAAAGACAUUCCGAAAACUGUAAACGUUUUCAUUCUUUACGUUUCGACUAUUACAGUGUAAUUUAAGUCAUCUUAAGAAUGUCGCGUAUUUUGAAAAGCCAACUAUUUAAAUAGUAUUGUUUUGUGUUUUAUUAAAAUACUCUAUGGCAACUUAUUUAUACCGGAUAAUUAUUUUUUCCUAAAUUUAUGGUCCCUACUGGCGUACCUCGUUGAUCCAGUGUUGCUAUAGGACAAGAUUUAAACUAAGUUCAUCGAGAGGUCUGGCAAGAUCCCUUGUUGGUUAUACUCCAGGGGGGGGAGUCUUUUCUUCUCGGGAAUGCUCCAGACUUUCCUCAGUAAAUAAUCCCGAGAUGCUGAUGUCUUAAUCCCAACAGGCUUUUAGCCAGAAGGGCGUCCAGGCGUCCUGGGAUGCCCCUAGAACGAAAAAUGGACGCCUUUGGACGCCCAAAUUCUAGGGGGAAAGGAAAAUUAUUUUCAAUAAUUUCCCUAAGUAUAUUAAUAUAUCCGAAACGAAAUUGCUUCAAUUCUCAUUAUCAUUAUACAUUUGACAUUUUGACCAAUUUGUUGGUGUACCUGGCUGAAUGAAAAUGUCGUAGUUAAGAAAAGAAGCAUAGCGGCACAAGAUCACAAAGCCAAGUGUGUUUGAAAAAUUUGGAACAAGCUUGGAACAGAUACUGACAUGAAGUAACGUAAAUUUCAAAGGUCCCCCCCCCUCCUUUACUGUAGAUAUUUCGUUAUACCAAAAUUGGACGCCCUCUUUUAGGACCCUGGCCAAAAGCCUGAAUCCCAAUAUACAUUUUUCAGGGUGAUUUAGUGGAGUACUACUAUAUAUGGAAGAAGACUCCAUCAGCAAUGAGUUCCAGGCCACAUCGACGAAGACGCCAUAACGUACUACGUCGUCGUAACAUUACUCGAUCCACGAAAACAUCGUCUAGCGAAUUUGGUAAGAUUCACAGAAAAACAAUUGAUUUUCCAAUAAUUGGUUUUGAAUGGUUUGUAAAGAUUUACCAAGGGGAAACCAUGGAAAUGGAAUGACCAUUUUUGGUUAUUAUAAAUUUUCCAAAUCGUAAAUUGGUGAAAAGCAUGAUGUCUAAUUAUUUAUCAUUAACGGUGUUUUAUGAUUUUUCUUGUGAUUGAGGCUACUCCAUCAUAAAGAUGAUUUUAUCACUUUGUAAAUUAUUGUAUGUGACUAUUGUAUGUAAAUUUGACUAUUGUAUGCAUGCAAGCUACUAAAGCUUAGAAAUUAUGUUUUUAUUUUGUAGUUGAACUGAGCUCAUGCAGUGAAGACGACGAAUAUCAUAGUGAAGACAGCGACAAAGAUUUUAGGUAACUGAUUUAUAAAAAAAUACUUGCCAUUCACUUCUGUCAUAGGCAGAGUUUAUUAUAAUUCUGAAAACUUGCUCAGACCAACCCAUGUUUUCGUCGUGUAUGAUCACACAUUAAUUUUUUAUAGUACUCAAAAGAGAAAAAAAAGGUUGUACAGCACAUUGCAUUGCAGUUAAUUCAAUUGCAUACUAAAUUUGAAUAAAAAAUUCAAUAUACAUAUUGUAGCAAUUCCUCUGAUCAAUUUAACUCCUCAAUAUUACGCAAUUGAAAGGAAUCGUAGUUUGUAUAGUAUAUUCAAACUAAGUAAUAAGAGUUGUAAGAGUUGCGUUUUGGUUUUGAAAGAAUAAGGGAGAAAUUAUCUAAACCAAUGUGGUAAAAUGAUCGGUCAUAAUUUCUGUGCAGAGCAAUUAACGCAAACAAGCAAUUGCGGUAUGUUACUGGGCACACUGGUGUGUUGAACACUGCCUGUAGAAAGAACAAUUUAGAAAUGAUAAAGCUAUCCGGAUCCAGUUUAACGGAUCCAGUUUAAGUAAAGCUACAAUCCGGAGCAAAAUGAAUUGCAACAACUAUUUCAAAUUGUGUUACUUUCAUGCAUUUAAGUUAUUCUGUCCUUGCCUGUUUCGAACCCCCCUUACCCCCAAUUCAAUGUUGUCCAAAUUAUAUUAUGCAUUGUUCGGGAUACAACUAUUACUGGAGAACAACAAUGAAUGGGGGGAAGGGGGGAAAUUAAAGAACAAAGCCAAUUUUUUCCGCUAUUAUUGUUAGAUAUGCAAAUGUUUUAUGCAAAUCUCUUGUGUGUCGCAACCAUUUGCUCUGGAUUGUAGUUUAAUACGUUCAAAUGACUAGUCUUUUACAUUCGUGGCAAUGAAAGUGUUCCUAAAAUAUUCUACUAAUUCAUUUGCUCACACAAAGCAAUUCAUUUAGGACGUUUCAUCUUUUCUUUUGCAGUCUCUACUGCUGUCGACAUUGUUAUUCAGGGAAAUCAAAAAGUUGGCACCAUGGUGGCUACGAACGUUUGAUCCUCUGCUCGCCCUGCUUGGAAUAUUUCAAGAAAUACGGAGUGAUGAGAAAACUAGAGGGAACACGUGACCCACCGCCGCAUAUGUUCAAAGGCAUGCUGGGUAAAGAGAAUGAGGUGGAUUACUUCAUCAAUGGUAAACAGUUGCGCAGUCGCAGAAGCACACCUAAUACGUCAAGUAGUCUACGUUAUGGACGCACAAAGGCAUGCAGUCCUGUUGAUGGUAAGCGAUAUAAUAAUUGACGUACCAUCCUGAAUUGUGACAGCGCAUUCUGCUGUUAGACUAAUGAGAGUCUAGGGCCAGAGUCCAGGGAUCAUUUAUGGAAGAGAGCAUAGUCAUGAAAGUUUGAUACCAUAGGACAAGGGUCCCGAAAUUCGCAGCAGUUAUUGAGUUUUAGUAGGCAUUACGAUCAACCUCAAAAAUAUUGACACAACAAGAGGAACAAAUUAAAACCAAAUCUCUCAAUUGUGUAUAAUGAUGCUUAAAGGAAUUAAAUGUUAUUUCCUCACUUUGAUAACUGUCACGUGACCACCAUUUCCUGCACGAUACUGCUCAGGCAGAAAAAACCCUGGAUUUCCAGUUUCCCGACCCUACCCAGCCUUUUGCAACCUAAAUUCUCACCACGAUAUUUCGCCAAGUGUCGCCAUUAUUGCUUGAUCAAGUUGAUUGUCUGUUCUUUUAGCAGUGGCCGCACGUGACUCACCACUUCCUGGCCGGAAGUUAACAAGACUAUCCAAACCCGGCUCUCCUUCCGGUGCUAGUACCGGAAGUAACACCAGCAGUUCCGGAAGUAACAAAACGGUAAGUGAAACAUUACGUGAGGAACGUAUGAAGAAGUUUUAUAUCCGCCAAAUAUUGUUCACGUUUUAAGUUCCAUGUUUUGGCUCCUAUAGACGCAAGCCAAUAAACGAAGACGAACGAAGAGGACCACAGAUUCUGCGGUAGAGAACACUUUGCCACCAAAGCGAAAGAAAUCGGUCACGCGGG